CGUCAUUUAUACAAGUCUUCAAGAAAUUAAAGUGGGAAAAUGGAAAAGGAUAAAAAUCACUUUGUGUUAGUUCAUGGAGCUUGUCAUGGUGCAUGGUGUUGGUACAAAGUGGUGACAAUUCUUAGAGAUGAAGGUCACAAAGUUAGUGUUCUUGACAUGGCUGCCUCUGGAAUUCAUCCAAAAUCUACUGAAGAGCUUAAUUCCAUGGCUGAAUACAAUGAGCCAUUGAUGGAAUUUAUGAAUUCUUUGCCACAAGAAGAAAGGGUUAUUUUGGUGGGACAUAGCAUGGGUGGCAUCAACAUAUCUCUUGCUAUGGAAGUUUUCACUCAGAAGAUUGCUGUUGCUGUGUUUGUCACUGCUUUCAUGCCUGGUCCUGACCUCAAUCUUGUAGCCAUUAGCCAACAGUAUAAUCAACAAGUGGAAUCACAUAUGGGUACUGAAUAUGUGUACAACAACGGACAGGAGAAAGGCCCAACUUCCCUCUUGUUAGGCCCUAAAGUUUUAGCAACCAACUUUUAUCAACUCUCCCCUCCUGAGGACUCAACUCUUGCAACGUAUUUGGUUCGACCUGUACCAUUAUUCGAUGAGUCAGCCCUAUUGAAGAACACUACACUUUCCAAAGAGAAAUAUGGUUCUGUACAUCGUGUUUACAUUGUAUGCGACAAAGACAAUGUGUUGAAGGAAGAACAAUUUCAAAGGUGGUUAAUUAAGAAUAAUCCACCGGAUGAGGUCGUGCUGAUUAACGAUGCAGAUCACAUGGUCAUGUUCUCCAAACCUCGGGAGUUAUGUUUUUGUCUUGUUAUGAUUUCACAUAAAUAUCACUGAUUCUUUCACCUUGUUACUACACUAGCGAGAAGAAGCCCGUGCCGUGCACAGGCUCAAUAUGUAAUCACAACUUUUUUGUGCGGAUUGCCCUUCAAAGGCACUGGUCUUUAAUUUUUACCCCUCAAAUUGGUGGUCUUUAAUUUU